ACUGUCAACGCCACACACGAACCAAGCACAUGUCUUUGUAGUUUGUAUAAAAUUUUUGUGGACACGUUUUUUUUGUAAUUUAAUUUCGAAAACAAAUUCUGAAAACCAUGGCUGUUGAAACAAAUAAAAGAAAACGUAAACUCAAAAAUGAAUCGAAUGGAGUACCGAAGAAAAAGUCCAAAAAUGAUAACAAUUCAGAAGCUCCAGCGGAAAAUAUGAAUGAAGAAGAAGAACAUCAGGUAGAAGUGGCGGCUGAAACAGCACCAGAAAAAGAAGUAGAAGAAGAAACUACAAAUGAUUCUGGCUUCGAACCGGACCAAGAAGAUAAUAUGAAAUUCUCAAAAGAUUUCAAAAUGCUUAAUUUUCGUACAAAAUUGAGAGGACAGGAUUUUAUUACAGAACUUCGUCAUUUUCUACAUCUCGCCUCUACAAAGCCACAAAUUAUUGCAAAAUACAUUGAAAAACGUGGAAAACCACUCGAACUGGCUGAAGCUCUAGAACGUGUCGAUAAAAGCAACAUUUUCCACGUCUCCUACAUCUGUCAAGCCCUGCACUUGGUUGUUAUGGAAAUACUUAGCAAUCAAAAAUCACAUUUAGAAUCAGCAAUCAGUGCUUGUCGCUAUUUCCUCAAAAGUCACGGCGCUGUUCUUGAGACUCUCUUAAAAUCCAACAAUCUCAAUCAUCGAAAAUGUGCCUUGAAACUACUAACAGCAAUUGUCUGCACUGAACCACAACUAGGCCGUCAACUACUAACAUCUUUUGAUAUUCUUUCGAAUGUUAAAGAAAUCGAAAACUUCCUUUCGCAUUCCAAAUAUGAAUUGCAUGAAAAUGACACAGUACGAAAGUGUUAUAUUCAUUUUAUCUUGGCAUAUCUUGUCGAUGGUAAUACAUUAUUGAUAAGGAAUAUUCUGGAUAAGGGAGUUCUAAUUAAAGCUCUAGCAUCUGGAUUGCUCUUCGAUGAUCCUGUUACAGUUUGUGUCGUUAUCAGCACUUUGAAGAAAUACGUUCUAGAAUGCCCGGAAAUCUCCAAGACAAAGAAAAUCACUGUCUUUGAUGUUGAUUGUGUAAAAUCAUUUGCAAGGCUAUAUGAUUGGCUUGGCCCCAAUGCUCUUGCUGCUAAAUUCUCACAACAAAAAGAAUCAUCUGGACAUAUAAAUUUUGGUAAACUUUUAAAAUAUGUCGAUCCUAAAGAAAAAGAAUCAGUAGUCGAAGUUGUUCAUGAGUUUCUUCUUAUGUUACUCACAUCCCGCAAACAUGGCAUCACUUUCGAUGCAAUGGCUCACUUCCAACAACGACACAACAAAUUGCAAGGCAAAAUAAUCGGAUUCCUUGAUAAACCAUGGCUAUCCGAGAAGAAAACCGAACUGGUUCUUAGUACAAUUCGAGCUUGUCCUGAUAUUGCUCGCAACACCGUCAAAAACUUUGGAGUGCUGGUCAGUCCAUUGCGAAAUUAUGGUACCCACUGGAAUAGUGCUUGUGAUUUUCUUACAAAAAUUAUCGAUGAGUUGCAUCCCAAAUUGCUAAAGGGUGCCUUGGCCAAGAUCACUCUUACCGAUUUCUCACAUUGGGUUAAAGACAUUUGCUUGCCCAUUGAAGUCUUGACCCAUUUAACACAAAGUAAAGCAUUAAAGCAUCUAGAUUUUCAACAUCGAUUGUCUACCAAUCGUCUUUUGCUUGCCAUGUUCCGUCAGUAUUCCAAUUACAUGGCUGCCAUCAUUCAUCGGGAACAGCAAAAGAAGAAUAAUUUACGUCGUUUCAAAUUCGAUUUGCUCAAUCAUAUAUUUGUGAAUUUCCCAACUAUCGAGGAUAUUUUAUUUUCACUCUUUGCCACUAUUCAAACUCAACAAAACGAAGGUGUUGAUGUUCUGCAACAUUUGGAGCUCACCUUGGAUCUUGUUUUAAUCAUUUGCCAACAAAAUCGUUCAUUUGUCAAUAAAACUGCAACCAUCAUGGACUAUUUGAAUCUUUUAAGACCAUUGUAUGCAAGCGAAAAUGGAGGUGGUAACAUUAAAUUAGAAUUGAAAGCUAUCAAGACUAUUCUAUUUUUGUUUCCUAAGGCUCUCGAGCCACAAGAAGAGUUAUUUGGAAAUGUUAUGAAAAGUUUCAUCAAUGCAUUUGUUAAAGGCGAUGCUGAAAUUUCAAAUGAAGCUGGUCAUUUACUGCGAGGAAUAUUCCAAAAUACAGGAAUCUUCGAUACUGCUGAAAUGGAGAUUGACUUAUGGCUAGAAGCAUUACGAUUUGUUCCUCCAGAAACUGUAGACAUUGUUGCAGCGGUAUUUAUUGAAGUUCUUCAAGUAACAAAAGCCGAUGUUGAUCCAAUGGAAAUGGAAAAUGAAAACGAAAAUGCAAUCGAAGUAAAACAUUUAUCUAAAUUGUUUUCCAACAUCGAGAAAGGUUUAUCUGUCCAGGGUUAUGUAGAAACUCCAACUAUGAGCAAAUUGUAUGCAUUGAUUAAAAAAGGUGUUGAAAUUGGCGAUGAAUUGGGAGACUAUUUACAAUUAGUUCGCUUGUUAAUAAGUCAUUUCUUAGAUAAUGGCAAUAAUGAGACAUUGAAAGAUGUUAAAGUUGCUGAAAUGGUGCCUAAUUUGAUUGCCGUACAAGAAGCUGUUGGCAAUGGCCAACUUAAAUUCGAUGAGAUCUUUCAACAUUCUAAAAAUAAUUUUACAUUAACUCUAAUUGAUGGGAAAGAGAUACAAUUUGAUGUAAUUCUUCAAAAUGAUCGUUUGGUUAUGAUUUAUAUACAAGAAGUUAUGUCGAUUCUAUCACAUCUUACAAAGACCGAGAGUCUUACAAUGGAAGAAUCUAAAGCAGCUGCAAAUUUUAUGGUCAAUUUGCUUAAAGUCUUACAAGCGCUAAGUAUUUCGCAAAAGACUGUUGUUGAAGUCUCAUUGGAAGAAGAUAAAGAUGUCAUUCGAUUAAGCUAUUUGGAAAAGACUUUGAAAUAUUUAUUCAACACUCGUUUGGGAAUGAUUCAAACUACACAUCUUUUUAAUAGAGACAAGUGCAAUUUAAGUUAUUUGCAUUUUCUUCAGCAAAUAACCGAUUGUGUGAAUUCCUUUGAAAUGAGUUCGUUCUCUGAUUUUACUAUGAAUUUUCGACAAAAAAUUGUAAAUUCAAUAAAAAUUGCUACCACCGAAGAGAAACAAAAGGUCAAGAAACAUUCCGAGGAAUUACAGUCGGUUAUUAGUUUAGUUAAGACCUUUCAGUUGACCAGUGAGAAUUGCUUGGAAAUACUUGAGAAUAUUUCUACACUUUCUUAUGAAGAUUUUGUUGGCAAAGCUGGACAAAGAUGCAUAUUUCUUGAUAUACUGAAUACAAUUCUGGAAAGACUAUCCGAUUUGAAACAAUCUGUAAAAUGUGAUGAAAGUGUUUCGAACAUUGCCCAAAUCUAUAUCGAUUUGGUAAUCAAAUCCGAUGGGGAAAUAAACUUGGAACGCCUCGAGGAUGCUCUUCAUGGUUUUCUCUCAGUUUGCCAUCAAUAUAUAUCCAAAUUGCCAUCAGAAAUGUUUAAAUGCAUUUUCUCCCAUCGAAAACUUACGAAGUCGACAAUUCGAUUGGCUUGUUUAUUACUCGAAAGAAAUUCAUCCUCUCUUAAAGAUGAAUUCAUAAAGAUUCUCCCCGAGAAUAUCUCCAAAAAGGAACUAACGUAUCCUCUGUUGAGUAUUGCUUUCACAAAUGGAAUUCAGCUAGAAGAUUCAAUUUUAACUGCAAUUUAUCAAGAAUAUAAAAAUGGUUUUAUGAAGACCAUUGAAAAACCUCAAAAAGCUGGAGUAAUUUAUAAGGAAAAUGUCCAAGCAUCAAUUCAUCUUAUCGCAGCAUGCAUGCCCAAAUCUGAAUGUAUGGAUUUUUGUAAUAAAAACAUUAAAUUCGAUUCAGUUGAAGUCUUUCAAGUAAAGAUUAUACAAGCUAUCUUUCAAAAAGCACUCGAUUCUUUUGAAGAUCGUGAAAAUAGUGAAUUAUUUCCAAAGAUUUUCGUUCAAUUUGUAAAUCUUUGCAUACAAAUGUUAACAAUUGUUUUGAAAAAAGAUGCCCUGGAUGAAGAGAAAAUCACAUUAAUUGGAUUUUUAUUGUUUAAAUGGAUGGAAGCUAAUUCAGAGCUUGAAGUAGAUUUUGAAAAAAUCUUGAAAUCUCAGAAUUGGAUGAAUUUCUGUAAGGCUGCUCUCAAAGCUGGCAUGUUUGUCAGUGAAACUGAAGAGAAUCAACCCGAAUUGGAACGUAUUAAUGGAGAAUUGCUCAAGUUACUAGCAUUUCUUGUAAAUAGAAUCUAUGAAGAUAAAGAAGAUAGUCAAGAGGCUAGAACUCUCUUUGAAAUGAUCUUUACUCAUUCAAAAUUCUUGAAGAUUGUUUUAGAAAUCCAUCCAACGGCAGUUAAAACUCAAAUAAUGCAUUUGUUGUUUGUACUGGCGAAAAAGUCUCCAAGUGCCCUUGCAACCAAUCAAAUCGCAGUAGUAUUAGCUGCUUAUCAAGCUAAAUUAACAGACUGUGAUCGAUAUACUUUGGCAUUGUUGCAAUUAUACGAAGAAGCUGAUAUAGGCUUGCAUGAAUAUAGACCAUUUAUAUGGGGUGAAUCAGCAAUAGCAUUCUAUUCUUUGCGUGAUGAUCAACAAGAGAAGAGUAAUUUGCAAUAUCAAGAGACAUCAGUGGCUCAAGUGAUGUCCCUAAUCGAUCGACAAGUCUCUGAAUAUACUUUAAACAACUUCCCAAUUUGGCGGAAACUUGAUCCUAGUAGUCAAUUACCACAAACAAGAUUUGAAAAUCCAGAACUUGUUCAUUUAGCAGCAUUUGGAACGAAUUUCUUAGAAAGACGCAUAGAACAAGGUGAUUGUGAAUUUGCCGAGAGUGAAUUGAGACUUUGUCCAAAACGAGACAAUCAUUAUCAUGAAUGUUAUGAUCCAGCUUUUAUAAUUCCUCUAAUGUCAAUGUGCUUUGCACCAGAAAUCUAUACCCAACCAGUGCGACCUGUUCAGAAUGGUUUGUUGUCGGUGGUAUUUGCUGCUUUGUCCAGUCAGGAUAAAGAAAUGCGAAUGGCUGCGGGUUGUGUUCAUCUGAGAUAUCGAUCACAUUUUGAAAAUAGUAAAUUCUAUGAGAAGCCAUUGUGGCAGCAGGCCUACGAUAAUAUACAAAGUGGAUUGGAUGCUUUGCGGAGUGAUUGGUUAAAGCAUAAGAAAAAUGGAGGAAUUCCAAGAGUUCCUUAUAUCUCGGGUCUAUUCCUGGCAAAGACCAUAAAUUUAACCACAGAUCCAACAAAUACAUUGUACAAACAACUUACAAUGUUUUUGCGGCUUAAGGAGUCAUUUAAUUUCCUUUGUGUUCCUGAAUUUAAUGUUUUGUUCCAUAGUCCAGAGGUUGAGCAUCAUACUUUCCGGCAAUUUAUAGUCGAGAUUAUUCGGAAUGGAGUUAGAAGUAGUUCUGACUUAUUUCUUCUGGUGACGACAAGUACAUUCAAAGCGUUAAUGGGAUUCUAUGCUAGUAGUAUGUCAACAUUGGACAUUAAUUUACAAAUUCUCUCUGUACUCUCAACGUGUGUGAAAAUUCCGGGUUCAUCAAAGAUAAUGGUAGAACAUGUUGGUGUUAUUCCUUGGCUAAAUGGUCUCUUAACUGCUGUUGAAUUCUAUCACUUCGACAUAAUUGAAGGCAUAAUUAGUAUAAUCAAUAAUUUAUGGUAUGCUAUUAAAGCGAAUAAAAAGAGUUUCCAUAAUUUCCAACACAUACAAUCGGAUUUAAAUCGUUUGAUUUUGAGAUUGUUACCUAAUUUAUCGGGAAGAAUAUCGAUGAGAAAUUUUGCAAAAUUAAUGAAUAUUUUAAAUAAAACUACAACUGGCGAUGAUAUUCGUCAGAUGGUGAGUGAGGUGCAGUUGGAUAGAUUGAUUGGAUGCGGACAGAAAUUGUAUGGUGAGGAAUUGUUUAAUUGUAUAGUUAGCAUUAAGCAGAAUGGACCGGAAGGUGCAGAAAGUUAUGAUAAAUACUGUCGAACAUUAGCAUUGGCUAAAACAGAAGAAUCCGCAAUGAUUGCAGUUUGUAGUUUGAGAGAAUUUGUUUUAAAAUGGAGCAGAACGAAGUGAAUAUAAGCUUCAUUUAAUACUUAUAUGAUUAAAGUUAAUUAUAAAAUAAAAUUUGUUUUUUUUUAAGAGCUCUACAUUUUUGUUAUGUAAUAAAAGUGUUUUUUUAAGAACGUUCAAGUUCAAUUCGAAUGUGUUUUAUUUACUUUCCUGAAAGGAUUUGCUUGAUUUGCAUAUACAGUGAAGUAUACAAUGAAGAAAUCUUGAGUUUUUC